UAGGGAAAAUUAUAGAAACUACACGGCCAUGUUUUAGGAUUGUCGCUAGAAAGUAAGCGGCAUGGGAAGAGCGUUCGUGUAUGUGAUCGUGGGAGGAGGUGUUGCUGCUGGUUACGCAGCUCUCGAAUUCACAAGGAAAGGUGUCUCCGAUGGCGAGCUCUGCAUCAUCUCCGAUGAACCCGUUGCACCAUAUGAGAGGCCCGCGUUAAGCAAAGGUUUUCUGUUGCCAGAAGAUCCUACACGGCUUCCUUCUUUCCACACUUGUGUUGGGGCUAAUGAUGAGAUACUGACCCCAAAAUGGUACAAGGAACAUGGAAUCGAAUUAGUCCUUGGAACUCGUGUUAAGUCCGUUGAUGCGAGGAGGUUGACUCUUGUAACAAGCACCGGGGAGACUAUAACUUACAACUUUUUGAUCAUUGCAACAGGUGCCAGGGCGCUGAAGCUCGAAGAGUUUGGGGUGGAAGGCUCGGAUGCUGAAAAUGUAUGUUACUUACGAGAUCUGAGCGACGCAGACAGGCUUGCCACUGUGAUCCAAUCAAGCUCCAAUGGGAAUGCUGUUGUUAUCGGUGGUGGCUAUAUUGGCAUGGAAUGUGCUGCAUCUUUAGUGAUCAACAAAAUCAAUGUGACCAUGGUUCUUGCAGGGGCUCACUGCAUGGCGCGUCUCUUUACUCCCAAGAUUGCAACUUUCUAUGAAGACUACUACAUGGGUAAAGGAGUGAAGUUUAUCAAAGGAACUGUUUUGACAUCAUUUGAGUUUGAUUCGGAUAAAAAGCAGGUCACGGCGGUUAAUCUGAAAGAUGGGAAUCAGUUACCAGCAGAUUUGGUCGUGGUUGGAAUCGGAAUACGACCAAACAUAAGCUUGUUUGAAGGACAGCUAACAAUAGAGAAAGGAGGGAUAAAAGUGAACAGCCAAAUGCAGUCAAGUGAGAGUUCAGUGUAUGCAAUAGGCGAUGUAGCUACAUUCCCAGUGAAACUAUAUGGCGAAAUGAGGAGGCUAGAGCAUGUGGACUUCGCUAGGAAAUCUGCACGGCACGCAGUUUCAGCGAUCAUGGAGCCAGAGAAGACAGGAGAGUUUGACUACUUGCCGUGUUUCUACUCAAGGUUCUUUGCCUUCUCCUGGCAGUUCUAUGGAGACCAUGUUGGUGAAGUUGUGCACUUUGGGGAGUAUGAAGACGGUGAAGUGUUUGGAGCAUAUUGGGUUAAAGAGGGUCACCUUGUUGGGUGUUUUCUUGAAGGUGGGACCAAAGAACAGUAUGAAACUAUCUCUAAGGCAACACAGUUGAAACCAGCUGUUACUGAUAUGGAAGAACUGGAAAGAGAAGGACUCGGGUUUACUCAGACAGUGGUGAGUCAGCAGGUGGUUACUGAAGUUAAGGAUGUUCUAAGCUCUGAGAUUGUGAGGCAGACGUCAAGAGUUGUGAGUCUUGUGACGGUGGAGAAGCCUUUGCAUGUAUGGCACGCGGUGACUGGAGUUGUUGUUGCUGCGUCUGUGACUGCGUUUGCUUUUUGGUAUGGUAGGAGACGUCGUAGAUGGUGAAAUAAUUCAUUGGCAGGGCAGUGCCUGAGAUUUUCUCGACUAGAAGCGAGACUUUUUUUUG